AUGACCGACUCCGUUCCAACAUUCAAAGACUUAUCGUUUUAUUCUGAUCCAGAAUCAAACAACUCAAGAUAUGUAAAAUUGAUUCAAAAAUUCCAGGAAAAUUUUGGAAUUAAACCAGAAUUUAUUAGUCGUUCACCUGGAAGAGUCAACUUGAUUGGGGAUCACAUUGAUUACAAUCACUUUUCUGUAUUGCCAAUGGCUAUUGAUGUUGAUGUUAUCGGCGCUGUUGGUACUAGUGAUGAUCAUAAGGUAGUAUUAACCAAUACUGACGAAUCGUUUGCAAAGGAAGAAUUCGAUUUAGCCUCUGAUGGGAGUGUUAUUGAAAUAGAUAAGACCAACCAUACUUGGGGAAAUUACUUUAAAUGUGGAUUGAUUGUUGCUCAUAAGUAUAUCAGAGACAAUUUCCCUGAAAGUGUGGAUAGCGGUUCAAAACCAUUGAAAGGUUUAAGAUUAACAUUCAACGGUACUGUUCCUACUGGUGGAGGCUUAUCUUCAUCCGCUGCAUUUUGUGUUGCCUCAACCUUAGCAAUCUUAAGAGCUAACGGAGUAACGUCAAUUUCGAAAGCUGAUUUGACAAGAAUUACAGUUGUGUCUGAGCAUUACGUUGGGGUCAAUACCGGUGGUAUGGAUCAAUGUGCAUCCAUAUACGGUGAGCAAAAUAAAGCAUUACUAAUUCAAUUUAAGCCUAAAUUAAUUGGUAUUCCAUUUGAGAUCCCUGUUAUUAAGCCUAAUGACAUGGUAUUUUUGAUUUCUAACAGUUUGCUCAAAGCAAACAAACACGAAACUGCUCCAACAGACUAUAAUUUAAGAGUGGUAGAAAUUGCCGCUGCAUCAGAAUUAUUUGCUAAAAAAUUCAAUUUGAAUUUACCUAAGGAUUCAAAUGUAUCUACAGGUACAUUAAGAGGCUUCAUGGACAAAUAUUUUGAAGAAUAUUUAAAGAAAGAUGCUUGGGAUGGUAGCGAUAUUGAUGUUGGUAUCAGUCGUUUAGAAGAAAUGUUGAAGCUAACUGAAACUGCUUUCAGUGUUGAUGAAAAAGUUGGUUUCGAAACAUCCGAAAUCGCCAAGCAAUUAGGUUUAUCGGUGGAAGAAUUUACAAAGAUCUUUUUAACUAAAGCUCCAGUCAGAUACCAGAAGUUGAAGAUUUACCAGAGAAGCAAGCAUGUAUUCUCUGAUUCGUUGAGAGUUUUGCAGGUCUUAAAAUUGUUAAGGAAUUACAAUCCAAGCGAAGACUCCGAAGUGUUCUUGAAAAAAUUUGGUACUUUGUUAAGUGAUUCCCAUCACUCUAGUGAUAUUUAUAACGAUUCUUCAAGGCCCGAAUUAGAUCAACUUUGUGAAAUAUCUACAGCUAACGGUGCAUAUGGUGCAAGAGUUACUGGUGCUGGGUUUGGAGGUUCAGUAGUUCAUUUAACAACUGCUGAUAAAUUAUCCAACGUUGUAACAGCAUUAACUGAGCAAUAUUAUAAAAAACAUUUCCCAGAUAUCACUCAACAAGAAUUGGCUGAAGCCAUCGUGGUUUCGAAGCCAGCUACUGGUAGUUGCAUUGUUGAAUUAGAUAGUAUCUCGUUAUAA